GGAGAUGUGAGGCUGGACACCCAAACCCACAGGCCGGCACAGGUGAGCGUGGGGCUCGGGCUGCCAGGGCCACCCUCUUGUCGGGGUCCUCAAGUGGCUGCCGUUGUGAGGGGACGACAGGCAGGAAAAGCCAGACCCUGUCCUGGUGGGGGAGGGGCGGAAUCCGAGAUGCCCGCAGGGCCCCUGGCACUGCCCAGCGCGGGCAGGGAGACCCCCAGCACCCAGGGGCCUCCGAGGGAGGGAGGUUCGGUCGGCCGCAGCUGUGGUCUGGCCCAUCCUGCCUGGGAGGCCCACCCUCCUGUCUGUUACGGGGGCGCACGGGGCUGCUGUGUGAACCCCUGGGGGGAGCUCCAGGAGCCAGAGAGACUUCUCCUUGUGGGGGUACUGGGGGGCUGCUAGGGGUCUGGAAGGUAGAAGUUCUCUUUCCCAGGGCCCCUUUGAAGCUCCCCACCUGUCCAGUGGGAGCCACAGCUCCGACGGUGCCCCCCCCCAAGAUUCCCUGCUGGCCUGGGGUAAUCACUCACCCAUCUCACAGGUGGGAAAACUGAGGCUCAGUGAGGGGCACGGAGCAAAUGCAGGGCCAGGCUGGGAUAAACUGCAACUCUGCCCCCUUGGCUUCUGAGACAAGGCUAAUGUUGUUUUAACCUGUUUUGGGUUAUUUUUUUCCAAAAUGUUCUGAUGACAAUAGUCAUUCCUGACUUUUGAAAAAAAUUACGAACGUACCACAAGGCCAGGGAGGAAAAGAAACCCCCAUUUUGCAGUCGGCGCCUGUCUCCUCCCCUCCCCCCAUUUGCUCCUUUGUCCUGAGACCCUCGCAGGUGCACACUGGGGUCCCCACGCACGUCCCUGGGCACACACCGGCUGCCUGGCUCUCCCGCUCACCACCCCGUCCUGCCACCACUAGGUCCUCAGGGGCAAGGAGUGUCCUCGAGAGGGGUCUUCCUGAAGUCGACUCAGGUGGGAACAACUCUAGCAUCCUCCCCUCACCCUUCGCACGCCCCUUGGAGGAGGGGAGAAUCGGGGUGAGGUCCUACCUCGGUUUCCCCUCCUGGCUCCGUUCCCUGAGCAAGGCUCUCGUGGGUAGCCCCAUAACUCAGUUUCCCCACGCUGGGUCUCCAUCCCCCUUCCUUGUCUAGGCUACAGACCCUGGCCGCUCCCUCCUGACCCCCUCCUCCAGCAGAGGCAGCCGCGAUGGGCGCUGGCGGCCCCCGGCCGGGCGCGGGCCCCCCAGACGGCGGCUGGGGCUGGGCGGUGCUGGGCGCCUGCUUCGUGGUCACCGGCUUCGCCUACGGCUUCCCCAAGGCCGUGAGCGUCUUCUUCCGCGCGCUCAUGCGCGACUUCGGCGCGGGCUACAGCGACACGGCCUGGGUGUCCUCCAUCAUGCUCGCCAUGCUCUACGGCACCGGCCCAGUGUCCAGCAUCCUCGUGACCCGCUUUGGCUGUCGCCCGGUGAUGCUGGUGGGUGGGCUGUUGGCCUCGGCUGGCAUGGUCCUAGCAUCCUUCGCCACGCGCCUUGUGGAGUUAUACCUGACGGCUGGGGUGCUCACAGGCCUGGGCCUGGCCCUCAACUUCCAGCCGUCGCUCAUCAUGCUGGGGCUGUACUUCGAGCGCCGGCGGCCUCUGGCCAACGGGCUGGCGGCGGCGGGCAGCCCGGUGUUCCUGUCGGCGCUGUCGCCGCUCGGCCAGCAGCUGCUCGAGCGCUUCGGCUGGCGCGGCGGCUUCCUGCUGCUCGGCGGCCUCCUGCUGCACUGCUGCGCGUGCGGCGCCGUCAUGCGGCCGCCCCCGGGGCCUGGGCCGCGGCCGCGCGGGGACAGCGCGGGCGAGGCCCCCGGGGAGGCGGACACGGACGGCGCGGGGCUGCGCCUGCGCCAGGCACCCCCCGGCGGCCGGCCCCGGCGGCGCCUGCUGGACGUGGCCGUGUGCGCCGACCGCGCCUUCGCGGUGUACGCCGUCACCAAGUUCCUGAUGGCGCUCGGGCUCUUCGUGCCCGCCAUCCUGUUGGUGAACUACGCCAAGGACGCGGGCGUGCCCGACGCGGACGCCGCCUUCCUGCUCUCCAUCGUGGGCUUCGUGGACAUCGUGGCGCGGCCGGCGUGCGGCGCCCUGGCCGGCCUGGCGCGCCUGCGCCCGCACGUCGCCUACCUCUUCAGCCUGGCCCUGAUGGCCAACGGGCUCACGGACCUGAGCAGCGCGCGCGCGCGCUCCUACGGCGCCCUCGUCGCCUUCUGCGUCGCCUUCGGCCUCUCCUACGGCAUGGUGGGCGCGCUGCAGUUCGAGGUGCUCAUGGCGGCCGUGGGCGCGCACCGCUUCCCCAGUGCGCUGGGCCUGGUGCUUCUCGUCGAGGCCGUGGCUGUGCUCAUCGGACCGCCCUCUGCCGGCCGCCUGGUGGACGCACUGAAGAACUACGAGAUCAUCUUCUACCUGGCCGGCUCUGAGGUGGUCCUCGCAGGGGUCUUCAUGGCUGUGGCCACCAACUGUUGCCUGCAGCGCUCUCAGGACGCCCCACCCAGCCCAGGCACGGACGGUGGGGCCAGUGACACCGAGGACGCUGAGGUCGAGGACGCAGAGGCCCGAGGGGACUCUGAGCCCCUGCCCGCCUGCGCUGAGGAGCCCAGCGGCCUCGAGGUCGUGGAGGUGCCAAGCCCAGGGUCUGGGCCCUCGGAGCCCGAGGUGGAGGCAGAGCCAGGAGUGGACCCCGAGCAUGUAUAGAGCGGGGGAAUUAGGUGGAGUGGCUGGUGACUUUCCCCCUCAGAGUCCUGGCUGCCCCGAGGGCCUGGCACACUGGAGGCUGCUUUGGGGUGGUCACCCUGGGGUCCACGCGGGGAGUUGCUUCCCUCUUCUGCCCGUUGGGCCAUGGCCAGGCCCUCCUCCCGCUCGGUGAAGCUGCUGUGUGCGGACUGGGUCUGGGCCUGUGUGAAACUAAAGGUCAUAAAGCUCAGCUGAAAACAGGAGCUGGACGGAGGGCUCAGUUUCUGCGCCUCCGCUUGGCCCUGGCUGCUCCCUGGCGGGAUGGCGUAGGAGGGAGUCUGAGAGGCUCUUCCCCGGACCCUCUGACCAGGCGGGGGCUGGGGGAGGAAGUGGCAGAGAUGGAGGAUGGGUGGGAGAAGGUGUUCCCAGGCUGAGUGGCAGUAGGGGUGGCCCCGUGGCUCAGAGCUGUGCACAGAAGCCCGGCUGGCAGCACCUGGCGCUGGAGGGGCCCAGAGCAGUCUGAGAAAGAAUGCAGGUCCCAGAGUCCGGGCUGGGAUGAAGCCUGGCCCUGAGCCUCGGAGAUUGACAGUAAAUGACUUAUCCUGUGACACACCCUUAGAGUGUGGGGCCAGCACCUGCCCUGCUGCCUUCUGCAAGGCAUGCCUGUCCCCUCGCCUUCCUGAGGGACCCUCACCCAGCCAAGCUCCGGUCUCUGCUAUGUAGGAGAUAAACUCAGGUCCUGGGGGCUUUGCUCUGGACCCGUGUCCCUGUGGACAUCACCGUGGCUCUGUGAGCAGCCCAGUCCACCCACUGACCCUGGCAUCUGCUUCCCCGUAGGGGGUCUCGGGGACAUCUCCUCUCUUGCAUUUGAUCCAAGCACAGGGAGCUCCAGGGUCAGGCUGGCUGAGCAGACUGGGGGAUCUAUUUUCUCCAUGUAUUCUCGUCCCACAGAUUUGACACUCCUGUCCUUGCCUCCCUUCCUCCAAUCAGGAGCGUGGUGACCAGGCCCCAGCGGAGGAAGUGGCCUUCCCCCCGCAGACCCCUGCUCCGUCCAGCCAAGCUCCUCAGGAGGGCCCAUCCCCCUGGUGACCCCUCCCUGUUGGCCUCCUUUCCGCCCGGGCCCCAGGAGGGUGCGGGGAGCCCUUGCGGGUGACCUGCGCUGCGUGCGUCUGCCUUCUCCCCCGGGCGUUAGAGUAGUGACCACAGCUUUAUUUUAUUCAACAAAUACCCACGGAGUGCUGCCGCUAUGCCCGGCACGGUUCUGAGCCCUUUACAAAUGUUAACUCAUCUAAUCCUCAUGACGACCCAGUGAGGUAGGUACCAUUAUCAGCCACACUCACAAACAGGGACACUGAGGCACAGGGAGGUUAGGAAGUAGCCCAGGGUCAGAGGCUGUGCCCUUGGCCUCCACGCUGGCUGGCCCCUCAGAGAGGUGGUGCAGUCUGGCAGCUCGAGGGGACCCACGUGGACUCCCGGUGACAGCCCAUCCCUCCCUCAUGCUCCCAGUCCUGCCUGAGAACCCCACUCAGCUUUCUGCCCAGGGCCCGCAUACUCAAAGCGAACAAGCAGAAAACUUUGCUCCCGCAUUGGGACUCUCCCACCCCUCGCACCCUCUUGUACCCCUCCCUUUCUCAGGAUGACCAUCUAAUUCAUUGUGCAAACAGGCCCACUUUGAGAGUGAAAAGGGCCUCUAGUAACAGUUAUACGAGGUGUGGCCUGGGACUGUCCAGAGGAAGCAGGACGCACGGCCACCCUGUGUGAGCCACUUUGCAAAGACGUGGAGUACUGGCGUGGUGCUGUCCGCUGGGCUGCUCCUCACGGCCCUGGCAGACCAGGUGCACCUGGAGUGGCUGGAGCACCCAGAACAUUCUCUCCCCUAUUUGGGGCCUCGGGUCCUGACCCAGUGUCUGGCCUGCCCCUCCCCAAAUAAAGGCUUAGUUCAUGGCCAGAAGCACUGAAGGAUCAAAGCUCAGGGAGGAUGGCAGAUGCUCCACAGAGCAGGAAGCUCGGAGGUAGGGAGAGUCCAGUCAUUUGGACCUGACAGAUCUGAGUCCAAAUUCCACUCUAUCCUUGUACCUGGUAUGGCCUUGAGCAAGAUUAUUCUGAGCCUCAGUUUCCCAUCUGUAAAUGGGGAGAGUAGUGCUAAUCCACAGAGCCGCGGUAAGGAACAGGUGAUGUAUAUAAAGGGAAUGUCAGUAAGCCUUGUCGCCCCCUCCAUUGUGACCAGGGAGGCAGAGGGCUGUCGAGGAGAGGAAGGUCUGAGGCCACUGCGAAGAGCCCGGCUCCAUCUGGGUUUGUGUUUAUUCAAUACAGGCCCAGCACCCAGCCCUCCCCCUGGGAAGGGGCUGAGCUAGGGGAAUAAAUAAAUAAA